CCGUCAUGUCACGCAUACUUUCAACUCGUUCAUAAGACAAGUACAGAUACAAAUAUAAGGUAAAGUACAGAUUUUAGCGACUAAUAGUAACAGGCAGGUAGCCUCUGCAAUCUGUGGAGAGCAUAAAUGCCAGAGAAUGGACUUGCCACGUCUUCCACCUCAUGAUGGAUCUGUGUUGUCUGUCGUGGACAUGCACACGGGAGGAGAGCCGCUGCGCAUCAUCACGGGUGGAUAUCCCAAGAUUGAGGGCGAGACGGUGUUGUCCAAACGACGCUUUGUGCGAGAACAACUGGACCACCUGAGAAAAUUGCUGAUGUUCGAGCCCCGUGGUCACUAUGAUAUGUACGGUGCCCUGCUGGUUCAAAGUGAGAUACCUGAAGCAGAUCUGGGGGUUCUCUUUAUGCACAACGAAGGGUAUAGUACUAUGUGCGGGCACGCAGUCAUUGCGCUUGGCCGAUUCGCGGUGGAUUACGCUCUCGUGAAAACUCCCAGUGCUCCGGAAACCCAGGUGAACAUCCACUGUCCGUGCGGCCUGGUGAAGGCCUUCGUGGAGUAUUCCGACGGCAAGACUGGAGCAGUGAGGUUUCACAGCGUCCCAGCUUUUGCUUUUGCAACGGAUGUGAAGGUCACUGUACCUGGACACAGUGAAGUCACAGUGGACAUAAGCUAUGGAGGGGCUUUUUAUGCUUUUGUCAGCGCUGAAAGGUUUGGACUUGAUGUCAAUACGUCAAGGACAAGGGACCUAGUGGAUGCAGCCACUGCAGUGACCAAUGCUGUCAAAACUCAGGUGAAGCUAAGGCAUCCAGUGCAUGAGGAUCUGUCCUUCCUGUACGGGACCAUCCUCACCGAUGGCAAAGACAGCUUCUCCGAUGAGCCAACAGCCAACAUGUGUGUGUUCGCUGAUGCACAGGUUGACCGCAGUCCUACGGGGUCUGGAGUGACGGCUCGUAUUGCUCUUCAGUUCCACAAAGGCUUGGUCCAGCUCAACCAGAGCAGGACCUUCAAGAGUGGGGCGACAGGAUCCAUCUUCACUGGCAAAGCAGUCCAGGAAACCACAUGUGGGGACUUCAAGGCUGUGGUGGUUGAGGUCGGAGGUCGCGCACACUACACUGGUGUGGCAAGCUUUGUGCAGGAGAGUGACGAUGACCUAAGCCAAGGAUUCCUUCUCAGAUGAGCCGUCAUUUCAGACACAGCCACAUGGAGCAUUGAGUGUCUCUUAUGAAAUAGAUGAGGAGGUGAAAUUCAUAUCAAUCAAUCAUCAGACAGUUACUCAAUCUGUGGUGAUUUCAUCUGAAAGUCUGAAAAAAUUCUACAAACUUCACCAAACUACGGUAAUCUAGAUUAAUAGCACUUCACAACACAAUGUUCUGCUGUCUGGAAUGAAGGAGUUGUAAAUUAUAUGUCAGGGUAUAUGUUUGUUUUCUCCAGAAUGGAUCUGACCCAAAUCUGAUAUGGCAGAUAUGUUCCAGACCAGACAUCCAGUUCAACAUGGCAAACAUUUGUGAACAUUUUCAAACAGUUUUUCAUUUGCAUGAUAUUCAUUUCAAACGUUUGUGAAAACACACCUAGAAACAUGCAGUAGGUAGUUCUCUAUGGAGUGUUCUCACCUGGACAUUGAACUAUGGGUCACUGUUUAAACAAACAGUUCGUAAAUUUUACACAGCAUAUACAGUACCACUUUAAAAAUAAACAAAAAUAAAUAUGUUCACCUCUGUUUACCUCAGGGGUGCCUCUGUUCCGGUGCUCUGUAAGCCUAGUCUGUUGACAUGAUGGUCCAAAAUACAGGGCCUAUAAAUCUAAUAAAAUUGUAUACUUUACAAAGGAUAUGUGAAUGUAGGUGAAAUAACAUGCCUGCUUUGUAAUAAUGAACAUUGGCUGAAUUGUAUAAUUGACAUUGGCUUAAUCCCGAUCUCAUACCUACGGUCUAAGCCUUAUACCCUGAAAGACUUAACUGACAUCCGUCAUACAUGUAAGUGAUAAAGUUUGCAAGGCUGUAAGGGUUCAAAAUGCUAUUAUCAGGCAUGGGAGACGUACCUGUGACCCAUCAUUAAAUUGACAACACCAAAAAUGUGUUGCAGACAUGUU